AUGCCAAAAUCACCUCAAACAAAAAAUUUUGUAGGAGAGAGAUCAAAUCAAAGGGAGAUACUACAAGAAAAAGAUGAACCUCAUCAAUCGGAAACAAACUUUUAUAAUAGAGAAAUAGAAACCUCAGCGGUUCCAAUGACAACUGGAGAACCAGGAAUUUCUCGAGAUUUUAUGGAUAUUACAGAUUCAAUCACUACGGUUACUUCAAGACACGAUAUGCAUGAUAUACAACAACCCGCCACUUCAGGAUUUACAUCUUUUAAACAGAGGAAGGAAGUUGAUCAAUUUGAAACUGACAAAGAGAAACAAGAGAAACUGGAUAAGGAAAGAAAGGAGCAGGACGAAAAAGGCGAUCAUGAAUCUCAUACAAAAGAAAUUUUGGAUAAAGCUUUUUCAGGUGUUCAAUUGGAUAAAGAUUUCCAUCGUGAAUUGCAAGGACCAUAUGUGGAUGAUCACCAAAAUCCCAGUGGACAAGUUAUCGGAGCAUAUAGAAGUCAAAAAGGCGAUCAAAAUUUACCCUACAUUGAAUAA